CCUAAACUGUGACUUAAUAACGAAUCUCACAAGCAAGCUUAUCUUCUUCGUAUGGCUCUGACUUUCCUCUUGGGCGUUUUCUCCUUCAUUGUCUUCUGCUUAGGACUACGACGUCUCCUUCACUCUGACAAGAGAAAAAACCCAACGCAUCUUCUGCAUCAUGUAACUUCCACAACUGCUGAUGCUUCUCCAUCUUUGCAGUCACCCUCGUCCCGGCCUUUGUGGAAGUACGAUGUGUUCCUCAGUUUCAGGGGAACAGAUGUACGGAAAGGAUUCCUCAGCCAUCUCUACAAGGCUCUCACCGACAACGGAAUCCACACUUUCCGCGACGAUACAGAGCUUCAGCGAGGGAACUUCAUCAGCCCUGCUCUCCUCGGAGCCAUCGAGCAGUCAAGAUUCGCUGUCGUUGUCUUAUCCGAGAACUACGCCACCUCUCGCUGGUGUUUACAGGAGCUCGUGCAUAUCACCAAGUGCGUCGAGAAGAAGCAGAUGGAGUUGAUCCCUGUCUUCUUCGGGGUUGAUCCUUCACAUGUCAAGAGACAGUCUGGAAACUUCGCCAAGGCCUUCGCUGAACACGACAAGAGGCCUAAUAAAGAUGCUGUGGAGUCAUGGAGAAAAGCUAUGGCCACAGUGGGAUUCAUCUCCGGCUGGGAUUCAAGAAACUGGAACGAGGAGUCAAAGCUAAUAGAGGAGCUUGUUCAGGAUCUUUCAGAAAGACUAUUCUCACCGGUGUCUACGAGUGAUAACGGUGAAUGGAUCGGGAUGAGUACACACAUGAGAAGUAUAUAUCCUUUGAUGAGGAAAGACCCUAGCGAUGUCCGAAUGGUUGGAAUCUGGGGCAUGGGAGGUAUUGGCAAAACCACCAUUGCUAAAUAUAUCUACAAAGCCUUCUUGAACAAGUUCGAUGGUGCUUGCUUGCUAGAGAAUGUGAAAAGAGAGUUUAAACGACAUGGACCGUCACAUUUACGUGAGAAGAUCUUGUCUGAAAUCUUUCGCAAGAAAGACAUGAACACAUGGAACAAAGAUUCCGAUGUAAUGAAGCAACGGUUACAGGGAAAAAAAGUUCUUCUCGUCCUGGAUGAUGUUGAUGACGUACAACAGCUAGAAGAGUUAGCUGGAAGCUCUCACUGGUUUGGACCAGGAAGUAGAAUCGUCAUAACUACUAGAGACCGGCGUGUUCUUGACCAGCAUGAUGUGGAACGCAUCUACGAAGUGAAGCCUCUUAGGACUACACAAGCACUUCAGCUCUUUAGCAAACACGCUUUCAAGCAGCCUCGUCCAUCCGAAGAUUAUCGAGAGCUCUCUCUCGACGUUGUGGAGCAGCUCGGUGGUCUUCCACUAGCUAUUCAAGUCGUUGGGGGAUCUCUAUACCGUCGAGAGCUUGAGUUCUGGGGAGACAAGCUGGAUUUACUUAGAAACAACGGCGAUAACUCUGUUUUCAAGGCGUUGAAAGUAAGUUAUGAAGCGUUGGAUGAGAUUGAAAAGAAGAUUUUUCUUUACGUUGCGGUUUGUUUCAACGGAGUGUAUAUGGACCGUGUUAGAAAAGUGCUAGACCUUUGUUUCGUGUCUUCCAGGAGAAGAGUGUUACCAACAAGACCGAGCAUUGUAGCUCUGAUGGAGAAGUGUAUGAUUAGCUUGUCGAAGAAACGUUUAUGGGUUCAUGACUUGCUCCAAGACAUGGCUGAGGAUAUUGUAUGUGAAGGGAAAGAUGAAAGGCCAUGGAAACGUUUAAUGCUGUGGGAUUUUGAAGAUAUCAAUCACGUUUUUUCCACCAAUAUGGGAGAUGAAGCAAUUGAUGUUGAAAGCAUAUUCUUAGACAUGUCUGAAGGAAAUGAGCUUAGUAUUACCACUGGGAUCUUCAAGAAGAUGCCAAAUCUCAAGCUGCUUAAAUUCUACACUAACUCCAGCGUUGAAGAGAGCAGAACAAGGAUGUUAGAUGGUCUUGAAUACCUCCCUACGCUGCGGUAUCUUCGCUGGGAUGCUUAUCAUCUGAAGUCUUUACCAUCUCAGUUCUGUACUAGCUUUCUAGUUGAACUCAAUCUCUCUCACAGCUCAAUAGAAACUGUUUGGAGUGGAAGUCAGCAAGAUCUUGGAAACUUACGGAGCCUAAACCUCAUAAGGUGCAAGCACCUAAACGAGUUUCCAGAUCUUUCAAAGGCAACAAAUCUUGAGUCUCUCAAACUCUCCCACUGUGAUAACUUGGUGGAGAUCCCUGACUCCUCUCUUAGACAACUCAACAAACUCGUCCACUUCAAGUUAAGCAACUGCAAGAAACUAAAGAGCCUCCCAUACAACAUCAACUUGAAAUCUCUCAGGUCUCUACAUCUAGACGGAUGCUCUAGCCUAGAAGAGUUCCCAUUCAUCUCAUUGACCGUUGAGAAGCUGCUGCUCAACGAGACAUCUAUCCAACAACUACCAAACUCAAUCGAACGUCUCACUCGUCUCAAAGACAUACGUCUCUCUGACUGCAAGAAACUGAUGAAUCUUCCAGACUGUAUCAAGAACUUAAAGUUCCUCAACGAUCUUAGCCUAGCAAACUGUCCCAACGUCACAUCGUUCCCACAAGUUGGAAAGAAUAUAAGAUGGCUGAAUCUGAACAAGACAUCCAUACAAGAAGUGCCGUCGACGAUAGGGGACAAGUCAGAGCUUCGUUACUUGAACAUGACUGGAUGUGACAAGCUAGUGAACCUUCCUCCAACGGUGAAGAAACUGGGACAGCUUAAGUACUUGUACCUUCGUGGCUGCGUUAACGUCACCGAGUCUCCUAACCUCGCUGGGGGAAACACGAUGAAGGCUUUGGACUUGCAUGGAACAUCGAUAACAGAGGGACUCGUUGACUCCAACAAGGGAGAAGAGCCUCCUCAGUGUGAAGUGCCAGUGAUAAGACGGUUCUUUAUGAAGAACGUUCGAGGACGCAGCAAGAAACGCAAAUCCAACAGAUGAUAAGGAUCAAGGCAAUCUAAUAGCAUAAGGAAGUGGAAAUAAAAUAAAUAAAUUUUAUUUGAAAUUAAAUAUACAAUUAAUGGUCUAAAUAUUAAUUUUAUAUUACUAAAUUUAGAGUUUAUAAUUUUAGGAAAAUAGAGUUAUAAAUUUU